AUGAUGGACGGCCGCCUCCUGGAGCACCCGCAUGCCCAGUUCGGGGGCUCGCUGGGCGGCGUGGUGGGCUUCCCCUACCCGCUGGGCCACCACCACGUGUACGAGCUGGCCGGCCACCAGCUGCAGUCGGCCGCCGCCGCCGCCGCCGCCGCCGCCUCGGUGCCCUUCUCCAUCGACGGCCUGCUCAGUGGCUCGUGCGCCGCCGCCGCCGCCUCGGUGGUCAACCCCACGCCACUGCUGCCGGCCGCCUGUGGGGUGGGAGGCGACAGCCAGCCCUUCAAGCUAUCAGACUCGGGGGACCCCGACAAGGAAAGCCCGGGCUGUAAGCGCCGGCGCACCCGCACCAACUUCACGGGCUGGCAGCUGGAGGAGCUGGAGAAGGCGUUCAACGAGAGCCACUAUCCCGACGUGUUCAUGCGCGAGGCGCUGGCGCUGCGCCUGGAUCUGGUCGAAUCCCGAGUGCAGGUCUGGUUCCAAAACCGCCGGGCCAAGUGGAGGAAGAAGGAGAACACGAAGAAGGGCCCGGGGCGGCCGGCUCACAACUCACACCCGACCACGUGCAGUGGCGAGCCAAUGGAUCCAGAGGAGAUCGCACGCAAAGAACUGGAGAAGAUGGAGAAAAAGAAGCGCAAGCAUGAGAAAAAGCUGCUGAAGAGCCAGAGCCGCCACCUGCACUCGCCAGGCGGCUUGUCCCUGCACAGCGCACCCAGCUCUGACAGCGACAGCGGCGGCGGCGGCCUGUCCCCGGAGCCGCCCGAGCCGGCGCCUUUGGAGCGGGUCCGGGCCUGCCAGGGACCCCGAGGCGGCGGCGGCCAGGGCAGCCCCACGGAGGACGUGCACCUCUGCUUCGCGGUGCCGGCCCCUCCCAGCCGGCGUCCGGGAGCCCUCUUCCCGGGCCCAGCGGAGGGCACACAGGCCUCGCCGCCGACCGCCUCCUCCCGGCUCCCAUCGUGGCGGCCUGAGCCCCCUGUAGCCGGUCCUGGUGGCCGCGUGACUACAGCCGCGCAGCGGGGAAACUGA